AUGCAUGUACGAAAAUUGAGAAGACCCAGCAACUAUCUAAUCGUAUCUCUGGCUGUGAGCGAUCUCUGCGUCGCAGUGAUGGUCAUGCCUGUAGCAAUGGUUUAUGACUUAUUGGGAACUUGGCCAUUUGGACCAGUAGUUUGCGACUUUUGGGUAUCUAGUGAUGUCUUGUCAUGUGCUGCGAGUAUUCUGAACUUAUGCAUGAUAUCAGUAGAUCGUUAUUACGCAAUAACAAAACCUUUGGAAUAUGGUGUGAAGAGAACGCCAAAGCGGAUGUUGUUUUGCGUUUUUAUAGUUUGGAUGAGUGCAGCUUUCAUAUCGUUGCCGCCAGUUUUAAUUUUGGGAAAUGAAAAAACGGAAACUUCGUGUUCAGUAUCACAGAAUCAAGGAUAUCAAAUAUAUGCUACGUUUGGUUCAUUUUAUUUGCCGCUUACAGUAAUGGUUGUAGUAUAUUAUAAAAUAUUUAGUGCAGCAAGAAAAAUAGUAAAAGAUGAGAGACGUGCACAGUCUCAUUUAGAAACCCAUUGUUACUUGGAAAUAAAUGUUAAAAACGGUGGAGCUGCUGAAGCAAAGCUUUUGGGCACGCAACCUCCCCCGACUCGUGGAUCUACUGCUAGUACUAACACGACUUGUAGCAUAGAUAAGACGGAGAGCUCGAUUGGAAGAUGUUUCACAGGACAAAGAAAAUCUAAUGAAUCCCAAUGCCCUAUGUUGCAGCAAGCGCCAAAAACACCCGCAAAACCAAUUCAUACAAUUAAUCGACCAAACUCACAAAUGGGUCCCGUCCCGGAAAUUAAACACCCUCCGAAGGAAAAUAGACGGAGGCAAUCUUCCGAAAGCAGUAACAAAUUAACCACAAGUCGAAUUCGAUCAUCAUUAUCUAGUUUCGCUCAUAAAAGUCAUUUAGCGAAGGAUCUUUUACAUCCAACACACUCACCGCACCAGAAGAAAUUACGAUUUCAACUGGCCAAAGAACGUAAAGCGUCUACAACCCUCGGAAUAAUCAUGUCAGCAUUCAUUAUAUGCUGGCUGCCAUUCUUUGUACUUGCACUAAUUAGGCCUUUUGUCAAUGAGGACACUAUUCCUGAUGCUGUGAGCGCGCUCUUUCUAUGGCUAGGGUACAUUAAUAGCCUUCUGAAUCCGAUUAUAUAUGCCACUCUAAACAGAGACUUUAGGAAGCCAUUCCAAGAAAUACUAUUCUUUAGAUGUUCCAAUUUGAAUCACAUGAUGAGAGAAGAGUUUUAUCACAGCCAGUACGGUGGGCCUGACCAGCAUUACUGCGUAAAUAACUCGACAAAUAAAGCGCAAAAUUAUGAGGAAGGUGUAGAAAUAGUUUCCGCUGUAGACAGAGAAGAGACGCGGGCGUCAGAAAGUUUUCUA